CCAUUUUCUCUCUCCUCUCUGCCCUCGCCGAUCCUUCGAAGAGAGAGAAAAUUUUUUAGAGAGGAACGGCUCGAAAUUAGGGCUAGGGUUAGGGUUUUUCUCGCUCUAAUUCGACUCAUUUGUUAAAUCCUUUUCGAUUCGAUUCGUUAACAUUUAGAGGAGACGAUGAGUAUAGAUCCGGUUCCGUCAUCCAAUUCGCAUGGGAACCUCGACGAGCAGAUCGCGCAGCUGAUGCAGUGCAAGCCUCUAUCGGAGCAGGAGGUUAGAGUGUUAUGCGACAAAGCAAAGGAAAUACUAAUGGAAGAAAGCAAUGUUCAGCCUGUAAAAAGUCCUGUGACAAUUUGCGGUGACAUUCACGGGCAGUUUCAUGAUCUUGCGGAACUAUUUCGAAUUGGCGGGAAGUGUCCAGAUACCAAUUACUUAUUCAUGGGCGACUAUGUAGAUCGUGGGUAUUAUUCUGUUGAAACCGUCACGCUCCUGGUGGCCCUGAAGGUGCGUUAUCCUCAGCGAAUUACCAUUCUCAGAGGAAACCAUGAAAGUCGUCAGAUUACACAAGUAUACGGGUUCUAUGAUGAAUGCUUGCGCAAAUAUGGAAAUGCUAACGUUUGGAAGACAUUCACUGAUCUGUUUGACUAUUUUCCAUUGACAGCAUUGGUUGAAUCAGAGAUAUUUUGCCUGCAUGGUGGGUUAUCCCCUUCUAUUGAUAACCUUGAUAAUAUACGCAACUUUGAUCGUGUUCAAGAAGUUCCUCAUGAGGGUCCUAUGUGUGAUCUCUUAUGGUCUGACCCUGAUGAUAGAUGUGGUUGGGGGAUUUCUCCCCGUGGUGCUGGAUAUACUUUUGGCCAGGAUAUAUCGGAGCAAUUCAACCACACUAACAACCUUAAACUGAUAGCCAGAGCUCAUCAACUGGUUAUGGAGGGAUAUAACUGGGGCCAUGAACAAAAGGUGGUAACCAUAUUUAGUGCACCUAACUAUUGCUAUCGUUGUGGAAACAUGGCCUCUAUCCUUGAAGUCGAUGACUGCAAAGGCCACACAUUUAUCCAGUUUGAACCAGCUCCCAGGAGAGGUGAACCUGAUGUAACUCGUAGAACGCCUGAUUAUUUCCUGUAAUGCAGAUGUAAGGAGGCAUAUGACAACGACCUUAAAACCGAGUGUACACUUGUCGAGUUAGAAGUAACUGAAGAUAAUUCCCUUGGGAUCCAAAUCAUUGAAUUGGCAUUUUAAUUGAAGCGGCUAAGCUCGUGGUGGUAAGAUAGAUACAUGUAUAAUGUGGAAGGCGCCUCAGAAAUAUGUCUCUUAAGUUGCAGACCCUUGUAUUUGCAUUUGUUUGUGUUGGGAGGCAACAGAAUUUGCGGCGAGCAGAUAGUUGUAGCAUGUAUCACUUAGAGAACGUUGUGGGUGUCGUUAGUUCUCUUAUUUUUCCGUUAAUGAUUUUUUUGUUGCAAUUACAAGUUUCGUUUCGUCUUCUCCAUUAUCGCGAGCUGUAGAGGACAGGGACUCUUUUUGACAUUGUUGUUUAUUGAUUUUAGAUUUGGCUCUCGACUGAUCUUUCGGCCACAAUUUCUGGUUAAUGGUGAUUCACAA